AUGAUUAAUCUGAAAUAAAUUUAAUGGGUAGAUUGGGAUUGGAUAUAUAUAUUUGCAAUACUUUGGAUUUUCUUGUCAAUUAUUUGUAUAUUUCAACUCAUUUUUUUGUUUGAUUUCAUCUGUAAGGCAUCAUCUUUCUUGCAAGAAAGAGAUCCGAUCAACAGGGAAGCAUUUAAUCAGUAGAUUAUAGGAUCAUUAUGGAUUAACUUACUCAUCUUAUGCAUAUCUGGACUUCCAACUUUUAGUAUGGUGUGCUAUACAAUUAAAUUGUAGACUGGAACAAAUAGUUAUAAUUAACUUUCAAUUACAUUAUCAGUCAUAUAUUCACUAGUAUUCAUUGUCUUCACAUUGUAUUAUCGAAUAUCUUUGAGUCAAUUCGUAUCUCAAAUUCAACAAUCAAGAGUGAUCGAAAACAACGUUGAAAGCAAUGCUGAUAAUUAAUAAAGAUAUCAAUUAAAUUCUCCAAGUUCUAAACAUAGAAAUCAUUUAAUCAAAAGUAAAGAAUAGAUCCUAACUCAUCUACCCUAAUAUUUGAUUAGAUUAUCACAAACCUACUUUAUGCCAGCUAACGAUAAUGAUAAUGCCUCAUAAUAAAAAAAGCAACCUUAAAAAUUCUAAUUUGAAUAAUAGCAUUUCAAAAGGAACAAAACAGAUCAAGACCAACCAAAAUUUAGUAAUCGUAAUUCUCUUACUGAAAUUAAUUCUGACAAAGAUACAUAAUGCUUUAAUUGCUAUCAAAAUGAAAGCUGUGCCGUAUAUAUGCCAUGUGGACAUGGUGGAUUAUGUGUGAAAUGUGCCACAGAAUGGUUCAAUGAGAAAUAAGAAUGUUUGAUCUGCAGAAAACCUGUUGAAUCUGUAAUACAAAUUUCUUAGUCUGAACAAAAUAAAGUAUAAGUGAUAGAUGUGUUAGCAUUCUGAAAAUUCUUUUAUUAUAUUUAUCAAUAAUUCAAUUAUUAAUAUC